GCACCCCGCAUACCCACGAAAUCGCCAUCGUCCCAAACGCAAAGUAAAUUAUAUUAGUGCGGUUGCUAGCUGCGGGCCAACAUGUUGCAGCGCCGCCCGAGCGGGAACAAGCUCGUAGAGUCAGCGGCAAAGACACAGGAGGGCUUCCAAACAGCGGGAAACAGCACACAGGUCACGCUCAAUGAAAUUGCUGUGCGCGAGUUCCACGACGCGUUGAGCCGCGAUGAUGAGAUGGCGUUCGCGGUGGCCGCUAUCAUGGCCCUUACCGCGGUCAUCAAGCGGAGCACAGCCGCGACACUGAUGGGGAUGAGCAAGGAGCUGGAGGACGCGGCGCAGGCACUCCAACGGGUGAACCCGACCAACAUCUCGCUGAAGGCCGGCUGUGAGCUGUUCCUGCGGUACACCACGCGCACCAGCGCCCUGGAGCUCAAGGACAUUGAGACAGCCAAGGCGCGGCUGAUUGAGCGCGGGCUGCACUUUGCGGAGACCAGUACUCGGGCGCGGCAGACCAUUGCGGAGCUGGGCUCGCGCUUCAUCCGCAGCAACUGCACCGUGCUCACACACGGCUAUUCGCGUGUGGUGCUGCGGCUGCUGCAGCAGGCCUUCUCCAGCGGCAUGCAGUUCAGUGUGAUCGUGACUGAGGGUCGGCCGGACGGCACCGGCAUCACCAUGGCCAAGAAGCUGGACGCGGAGAACAUCCCUGUCACCCUUGUGCUGGACAGCUGCGUGGCCUACAUCAUGGACAGGGUGGACAUGGUGCUGGUGGGCGCGGACGCGGUGGUGGAGAACGGCGGAAUCAUUAACAAGCUGGGCACCUACGGCAUCGCGCUGGCGGCGCAGGCCGCCUCCAAGCCCUUCUACGUCGCGGCCGAGUCGUACAAGUUCGCGCGGCUGUACCCGCUGGGUCAGGCCGACCUGCCGGAGGAGCGCAAGCCGCUGGACGUGGGGCCCAUGCUGCCGCCGCGUGCCAACGUGAUCAACCCCUCCCGCGACUACACGCCGCCCCAGUGCAUCAGCCUACUGGUCACGGACCUGGGCGUGCUCACGCCUGCGGCCGUGUCGGACGAGCUCAUCCAGCUGUAUGUGUGAGCGCCUGAGCGGUGCGCGUGAUAGAGCGUGUGUGGGUGUGUGGGGGAGAGACAACGCCAAAGCGGGGGAUGCGGCAAAGAGGACGGCCAUGCUUGGCGUAGGGAGUAGGAAAGUUUUGCUGCUAGCGACUGCCGCUAGGUGCGGGGUGCUAUAGCAGACACGGCAGCGUUGCUGGUGAAGCCUGAGGCAAGCUGUUGGUGCUGGGGAUUGGGGCAUAGAACGCAGUUAUGCAGUUGGUCGGGUAAAUGUCCGGCACGGCGCUACGGCACAGACUGAGGCGUGGAGGCUGAGGGUUGGGUUCAGGGCUGCCUGGGCCGCAGCUUGGUACAUACAGUAAAAUGACCGCAUUGACGGGACGUUGGCAUGAGGCGAGGUGAUGGGGCAAGGCCAACGAGCAGGAUGAUACUCCGUCGGGCUUGAUGGGUGGUCGGAUCAGGACUAGCACGUCUGCGCUAUGUGUACAUGCUUACAGGGCUCAAGCGGAAAGCCUGUUCAGUUGCGUGUAGCGGGUACGAAUGGCGACGGCAGUGUCGAUCAUGCCAUCCUUAAGCGCCAUGACCCGUGCGGCGCAAGCAUUGCUGGCAGAGCUCUUGGCGUUACAUAGUUU